AAAAAUAAAGCCAUUUUAUGUUGAUUAAAUGCUAACCUUGUGUGUUUAGGGUGCUGUGGCCACCUGCAGCAUUGAAUUUUGGGUCAUGUGGGGUGUCGCCAAAGUCAUCAGCCAUGAAUGUACUACCAGACCAGAGCUUACCAACGAGGAAAUCGUGACCAUUUGUCCUGAGUGCCCCAAGUCAUUGCCGCUUGAUGAUCCGACCGCCGUUCAGGCGGUAAAUGAUGCUGUGGUAAAGUUCAACCGAGAGCAGAAACACACAAAUUACUUCACCCUGAUUGAAGUGGACCAUGUCACGAUGGAGACCACUGCAACAAUUGGACCGAUCAUUUCGCUGAUGUUUGCCCUGGUGGAGACCACAUGUCCUAGAGGGGCCAGAAAUACAUUUGUUGCCUGCACACCUCGCUGUGCAGACGUAGCUCAACAUGCCUUUUGCCAAAUAUCUUAUUACACCUUGUACAGUCAACUGGGAGAACUUGAGUGUGAAUUAUAUCCACCAAAAAAUCCAGCGCCCCACCCAACUAGUCUCUCACAGUUUAUGUGCAAGCCCUUGUUCCACCAAAGUCCAGAAGCUUGUGUUUGCAAGAACCGGCUAGGCAAAGCUGAAUCGACCAUUCACCAGAUUUGUCCCUUCCCACUGAAAUGAUAAACUUGCUUGUAUGAAAAAUAAAUUAUUUAAAUGACAA